AUGGCGAUCGACAAUCAAGAAUCCGGCGUUCGCGAAAUCAAGCCCAAGAAUCGAAGAAUAAUGGGAGCCGGAGGGCCUGACGAGGAGGACAGCCACCGGUGGCCGCCAUGGCUGAAGCCUCUUCUCAGGGAACAAUUCUUCGUCAACUGCAAAUACCACACCGACUCUCACAAGAGCGAGUGCAAUAUGUAUUGUUUGGACUGUACCAACGACGGCCCGCUCUGUUCUCUCUGCUUGGCCCAUCACAAGGAUCACCGCGCAAUCCAGAUAAGGAGGUCGUCUUACCACGACGUGAUAAGAGUGUCGGAAAUCCAGAAGUAUCUCGACAUCAGCUGUGUCCAGACGUACAUCAUCAACAGCGCCAAGGUUGUCUUCCUCAACGAGCGUCCCCAGCCGAGGCCCGGCAAAGGCGUCACCAACACGUGCGAGGUCUGCGACCGUAGCCUACUCGACUCCUUCCGAUUCUGCUCCCUCGGCUGCAAGAUUGUCGGGACGUCGAAGAGCGUCGGCCGGAAAACGCAGUUGCCGGAGAAGAAAAGGGCGGCGGAUUCCGGCGAAUCGACGAGCAGCAGCAGCUGCAGCAGCUCCGACGGGAGGAGGCCUAGCUUCAGGCCGUCGACGCCGCCUCCGACUGCCGUCAGCUACCGGACGGUGAAGCGGAGGAAGGGGAUUCCUCAUAGAGCUCCGACCGGGUGCCUCGCGAUGGAGAUGUAG